AUGCUCGUCGAACCAGUACUGAAAUUCAUGACUUUUCAGGGUGUGGUGGUUGAUUUGGCUGCAGUGCUCGGCGUCCUGACAAUCGCUUACGCGCUCUACAACCGUCUCGUUCAUCCUCUUCGUCGUAUCCCGGGUCCUUUCCUCGCUUCUCUCACACCUUUCGUUCAGCUUUACCAUGGUUUGAAAGGUGAUCGACACCUAUGGCUUCAUGGUUUACACAAGCGGUACGGUACACAUGUGCGAGUUGCGCCGAAUUUUGUCUCUGUGAAUAGUGAUCGUGGUCUUCAUGAUAUCUACGGUCAUGGAAAGAGGCUUCAGAAAGCAGAUUUCUACAAUGCGUUCCCGGCGAUCAAGGGUGUCUAUAACACACACAAUGCGAUUGAUAAGACCAUGCAUGGGCGGAAGAGACGUGUGCUCAGCCAGGCAUUUUCUGAAACGGCCUUGAAGGGCAUGGAGGAUGUGAUGCUGUUGCAUGUGCGACAGCUUUGUGCUUCGCUUGCCGAUUACAGCGCGGAUGAGAAGAGCCCGAGCGAUUUUAAGGGUGUCGUACGGAAUAUGGGAAAUUGGUUCAGCUACCUUUCAUACGACGUCAUGGGAGAGCUGUGCUUCGGUAAAAGCUUUGAUAUGCUCAUUGCUGAUGGAAAGAGACAUAUGAUUGGAUUGGUCGAUCGAGCUGCGAAUCGGCAUUACGUGUGCGGUCUCUGGAUGCCUUUAGACAGAUGGCAUCUCGACCAAAUCUUCAUUCGCCAACUCACACAAGAUCGCUGGAACUUCAUCAUGAACUCCCGCGUGGAAGCGACCAAACGCGCCCAAGAACGAACCAUGGCCGGCCAUGACGCCAAAAAGGAUUUCUUCUACUACCUACUCAAUGCGAAAGAUCCCGAAACAGGAAAAGGAUUAAAUACACCCGAACUCUGGGGUGAAGCGAAUGUCCUCAUGAUCGCAGGCAGUGAUACAACCUCCACAACCCUCGCAGCUACAUUAUUCUACCUAGUUCGAUGCCCAACAGCACGAACAAAAUUGACCAAGGAGGUCCGCAGCGCAUUCAACGACGUGGAAGAAAUAGUCAGUGGUACCAGACUAAACGAGCUAGUGUAUCUGAAAGCAUGCAUCGAUGAGGCACUCCGCCUCGCACCCGCUGUCCCAGGUGCUCCCCCGCGCGAGGUAAUGGACGGCGGCGCGGUAGUUGACGGUGUCUUUCUACCUGCUGGAACGGACUGCGGAACGCCCGUUUACUCCAUUCAUAGACAGGAGCGGUACUAUCGCGCUGCGGAGAAAUUCUUGCCCGAGCGCUGGAUUGAGGGUGCGACGUGCGAGGUAUCUGGUACUGAGUGGACGACCACUAAGGAGGCGAUUGAGGUUGCGAGGAGGGCAUUCUGCCCGUUUAGUAUUGGGCCCCGGGGAUGCAUUGGGAAGAGUAUGGCAUUCAUGGAGAUGCGGCUUACACUGGCGCGGCUGGUUUUCUUAUUUGAUAUGACACUUGCUGAUAGGGUAGGAGAGGACGAAAGUGGUCAUUUGGCGCUGGUGGACCAUUUUACCAGUGCGAAGAAUGGGCCGAAUGUGCAGUUUCAAAAAGCGAUUCCAGCCUAA